UCAUUGCAUGCAGUAACUCGCCUAUUGUUUUGUCUCGAAUUAAAUUUUAUAAUUUUAAUGCAUUGUAGUCGUAUUUAAGAAUUGACAAUGCGAAUUACAAACUUAAGACGCGGUAGAAUAUUUCGUACGGCUGGAAUAUGUGUUGUUCUAAUAGUUUUAAUUUACGCUUUGCAUAGUUAUUCAAGUUUGAAUGCCGAAGACCCGAUAAAUACAGUACUUUCGAAUGAUCUGCCUUCAUACUAUAAGUUCCAUAGAGAUGUGUACCCAACGAUAAGAACAGACCUGGGAAACUUUGAGCCUAAAACCAGAGUGUCCGUCAAAGGUCCAGGGGAAGAUGGCCUGCCGUACCACAUGUCGCAGGAGCGCGCCAACGACGUGGCUGACUCGGAGAGCAAAUACGGCAUGAAUAUUGCCGCCUCGGACGACAUUGCUAUGAACAGGUCUAUACCCGACACACGGUUGGAGGAAUGCAAAUUCUGGCACUACCCUAAAGACUUACCCACCACAUCAGUGAUCAUAGUUUUUCACAAUGAAGGCUUCUCAGUUCUCAUGCGAACAGUUCACACCGUCAUCGACCGAUCCCCUACACAUAUACUGCAUGAAGUUGUAUUGGUCGACGACUUUUCCGACAAAGACGAUCUAAAAGAAAACCUAGACAACUACGUAAAAAGAUGGCACGGCAAAGUGCGUAUAAUACGAAAUUCCGCAAGAGAAGGCCUUAUUCGUACGCGAUCGCGAGGCGCUAAGGAAGCGACUGGAGACGUUAUAGUCUUCCUAGAUGCCCAUUGCGAGGUCAACAUUAACUGGCUGCCUCCUCUACUAGCUCCUAUCUACAGAGACUACAGAAUCAUGACAGUACCAGUUAUAGAUGGUAUAGACCAUCGAACCUUCGAAUACAGGCCAGUUUAUCAGCACGGUACCAAUUACCGAGGUAUAUUCGAAUGGGGGAUGCUGUAUAAAGAGAAUGAAGUCCCAGAACGCGAAGCGGACUUGCACAAACAUAAGUCCGAGCCCUAUAAAAGUCCGACACACGCUGGUGGACUUUUUGCUAUAAAUAGGAGAUAUUUUCUGGAAAUCGGUGCAUACGAUCCCGGUCUGUUAGUUUGGGGCGGGGAAAAUUUCGAGCUAAGUUUCAAGAUAUGGCAAUGCGGUGGGAGUAUAGAAUGGGUGCCUUGCUCUAAAGUGGGGCAUGUGUAUCGAGCUUUCAUGCCGUACUCUUUCGGUAACUUGGCGAAGAACCGUAAAGGGUCACUUAUCACCAUCAACUAUAAAAGAGUUAUCGAAACUUGGUUCGAUGAAGAGCACAAAGAAUACUUCUACACCAGAGAACCCAUGGCGAGGUUCUUAGAUAUGGGAGACAUAACUGAUCAAGUGGCUCUGAAGAAAAAGUUACAGUGUAAAGACUUCGGUUGGUACAUGGAGAACGUCGCUUAUGACGUGUACGAUAAAUUUCCGAAGCUGCCGAAGAAUGUGCACUGGGGAAUGGUGAAGAACAAAGCGUCUGGUUUGUGCAUGGACACGAUGGGGAAAGCGGCACCCGCGUACAUAAGUACUUCUACUUGCCACGGCGCUGGAAACAAUCAAUUGUUCAGACUGAACGAGGCCGGUCAGCUGGGGGUUGGCGAACGCUGUGUAGAAGCUGACGCGGACAGCGUUAAGCAAGCCAUUUGUAGGCUUGGCACUGUGGACGGGCCUUGGAGGUUCGACGAUCUCCAUAACCACUUGAUCCACCGCUUGCACAGCUACUGUCUGACUUUACAGCCGCACACGAGGACUUUGGGCCUCGCUCCGUGCGAUCCCAACAACACCUACCAACAGUGGACUAUUUCACACAAAAAACCCAAUUGGUGAAAGUGACCUUAGUUUCGUUAGGUUCUAAUAUGACAUUCGGUCAAACCAAUUAAUAAUGGACAAUUAAAGACUCGUAGAUUACAGACUAUAAAAGGCAAACAAAAAAAGUUUAGUUGGUUGCGUAAAGGCUAACGCACACAGUUAAAAGGGCGAGACGCAACGCAAAAAUCCACUCAUAGUAUAAAAUACAAUUUUAUUAAUACAAAAAAUAUAUAAUUAGAUAAAUACAAUAUUUUAGGGAUUUUUUAAUCCAACGAACACCCCUGUUACUGUACUUAUUCUAUACUUGUACUCCUGUGGUGUGUUCGUUCAUACGAAAAGUACUAAAGUUGUAUUGGGGUGAUUUGGGAAAAACAAAACGAAGAGACUAAACAAAACAGCUAAAAGUCUGUAGUUUGCAAGUUCACAAAAAAACUAAAAUUGGUGAAAGUGGCUUAAAUUCUUAGAUGUUAAUUCAGUCAAGCCAACGCGUUACAUUGUGAUAUAUAACAAUAAUGUCCGCCAUCUUGUGUAUAUUGUCAUGACAAAAUGGCGGAUGGUUUCAGAAGAAAUGAAUACUCGCACGAUUAUAUAAAGCGCUUUACGCGAUUAUUUAAUGAUAUUACAUGAAAACAAAAUGAACAUUUUAAAAGUGUACAAUAAAAGUACUUUACCUUAGUGAAAACUUAAAACGCAACAAAAUGAAAGUUGGUUUGACUUUGCCUUAAUCAAAAACUGCCUAUUCGAUGUUAGAAUAAGGAACGGCAAUAUUUUUAUACAUAUCUAUAUAAAUAACUAUCCUUUCUGUACGCUCCAUACUAACAUACAUUUCUUCCCUUUAAAAGAGGGCGUCCAUAAAUUACUUGAGGUGUUUUUUAAAAUUUCUGUCCCUCUCUCCCUCCCUGGUGAGAUGUCGUUAGAUUUUAUUCAACCCCCUUCUAUCCAUCUCCCAAUAUCACGCGAGAUUUUUCAAAAUAUGGGAUUCUUACGUAAAUGCGUUGGAUUGUUAAUGUAAAAAGAAAAAAAAUGCUUCGUGCGUUACAUACAACUUGUUAAGACUAGUAAAAUAUUGCUGAGAGUUAAAUUUUAAGUGUGAUUAAAAUUUAACAAAAAAAUUGCAUGUUAUUUGCCGAGACCCCCCCUCUCUCCAACGUAAGAUUAGAUGAGAUUUUAAUCGACCCCCUGCCCCCCUUAAACAUCUCACGUAUUUUAUGAACGCCCCCAAAGUGAAAGGGGCGUUUUACAGUUCAUUUAUUUCGUUUAGAAUUACUUAUCUAGGUGUUAUUGUCUCUUCUAUUAUUACUCAAACUAAUUAUAUUUUAUUGAAUCAGAUAUGUAGAUAGUAGUUAAACUUUGAUAUAAUUAAUAUCCUUUAUAAAUUAUAUAUAUAGAGAUUAUAGGGAACACAAAAGACAUUUAUUGGCAUUUAUGUACUUAAUUUGUAUACCAUAGAUUUUUAAUGAAAAUUCAAUUGAUUUGCUUUUUUUGAAAUUAUAUGUAAUUUUAGUUAUAACUUGAAACUUAUAAUGAAACUUAAACAAACUAAAUUACAACAAGUUCAAUUGCGAAUACCGGGGCAUUGGUUUGAUUUCCGGGCUAGAUUAGCUUUGUUUCACCUCGCUUCGCAGAGCAUGUUAAUGUGUUGGUCCUUAUUUUAUUAUAACUAAUAUAUUAUGUAGAAAAUAAUAAUCCCACCAACCUCAACAACCUAAAAUAAUUUUUACAAAAAUAAUUCAACAUGUUUUGAGAUUAUUGCACUAUAAAAAUCUGUCAAUCUUACUCUUCGGUUCAGUUGUAAGAUAAUUGGAAUAUGGACAUUUUGGUUAACUUAAAAUUAUUAAUUAAUAAUUUAAUAUUAGUCUUAGAUAAUUAAAUUUCACAAUAUUUUCACAAAAUUCAAGCUCUCUCCUUUUUUUCUUCGUUUUCCAAUCUGGUUGCAUUUAUUGAUAAUUGCUAUGUCUCGACAUAUUAAUUUAGUUGUACACAUGCCCUAAACUGUCAGUUUUAAAAAUAGUGUAUUAUUAAUGGUUUCCUGUUAAAAAGAAAAUGACUACGUGAGAUGUCAAUUUAGUGUAGUAGUAGGAUUAUGGUUGCAAGCGAAUUAAUAUAACUAAAAUUAUUAUAUUUUUAAAGGUAGAUUCGAAAUAGUUUGAGCCCUUUUAGUAAUGUAUUCUUUAACAAGAAAUAAUGGUUUAGUUUUUAGUUCAGUUUUAGUGUCGUGUUUAUAAUAAUUAUUGGCUAACAAUUCUUUAUUUUGUCUCGAUGUCAUAAAUUAAUACUCUGAAUAUACACCAGCGUCAAUCAUUAUGUUCAUUAGGCUAAUAUUAUUAAACUAACAUCUGAACAUCAUAUGUAUAUCAUUAUGUUAAUAUACAUUAUUUUAAUAUGUAAAUUAUAUCUUCUAAUUUGAAAUAUUAUAAAUUA